AUGGGUAAAGUCCACGGUUCAUUGGCUCGUGCCGGUAAAGUUAAAAACCAAACACCAAAGGUUGACAAGCAACCAUUCAAGGGUAAGAGAAAGACCGGAAGAUCAAAGAAGAGAUUCCUCUACAACAAGAGAUAUGCUUCAUUGAAGAAGGGUACUAACCCACUCAGAAUGAAGUUGAACUCUAUUGCCAUGCAACAAGAGAUCAAGGAAAAGAAGAAGGCAAGAGUUGAAGAAAUUGCUCAAAAGAAGAAGGAAGCUGGUAAGAAGGAAAAGUAA